AUCCACAUGAAAAUAAAGAUAAGACUGUCUAUAAAUUGCAAAUUAUUUAAAGAAUUAUUAUUUAUAAAUAAAUUUAUCUUUACAUAUUGAGGAAGUUAUCCAUUUCAUCUAAGAAUAUGAAUUACUUUAGACAAAUCUUGAAGUUAAAUGAAUUAUUUGUGUUAAUUUUGGUCAUACAAGUUGCUAAUUAUGGUGUUCAAUCAGCUCCAGCUCCAAAUGACAAAGUUCAAACUAAGAUGACUAUUGUGGAACGAUUGCUUGAAGAGUUCCAGUCAAUGUUACCUGGCAAUCAAACUGGUGGGACAUUUGGAGAGAUUUUAAACAUGUUUGAAGGAAGAUUCCAUGCUAUAUUUCCAGGAACUAGAUGGUGUGGAUCUGGAAAUGAUGCAUCUGACUAUGAUGAUCUAGGAAUGUUUUAUAAAAGUGAUCAGUGUUGUAGAAGUCAUGAUAGCUGUGCUUUAAGUAUUGAAGCAGGAAAAACUCUUGGUCGUUUAAUAAAUAAUGGCAUUUUUACAAGAUCUGCUUGCUCAUGUGACGAAGAAUUUUACAAAUGUUUAAAAAAUAUUGGGAGCGUAAUUGCUAGAAGCAUUGGAGAUACUUAUUUUAAUAUUCUUCAACCUCAAUGUUUUGCUGAAGAAUAUCCUAUAGAAUCUUGUGAACGUUAUUCAGGGUUCUUCAAAAGAGGAAAAUGUCUUCAAUACAAGCUAGACACAAGUAAAAAUAAAACUCUGGAAUGGUUUGAUAAUCCUACUUUUUAAAAAGAAUGCCGACACUGAUGACAGUG